UCACACAUAGAAAGAAAGAAAAUGGAUGCUCCCCCAAAAUAUCAAAAUAUGUCAUAUUAUGAUAAUGUCCAAAGGCAACAUGAAGAAAAAGGAUGCCUCUAUGCUUGUAUGUUUGCGAUGUGUUGCUGCUUCUGCUGCAAUGAAAGGACUUGUUGUUGCUGUUAGCACAAAUUAAUCAUCAUCGUCGUUGAUUAUGUUAUUCAAAUUCUUCAAAAAUAUUGUCUGAUGUGUGUGAUUCUCCAAAAAUUAUGUAUUUUUAUAUGAUUUGAUACGAAUACAAUAACAGUUUUUAAGAAUUCGAGCAAAAUAGAUGCAGAGUAGCUUGUAAUGUUGAUGUUUCGAUAAAAUUGGAUGUUAAUCGA